CCGUAUGCUACAGACAGAUAGAUGAAUCCAACAUCACAGGUUCGUCACGCUGGACCUGACACUGUCUUCUCAAACCGAAGAAACGCUGUAAGGUGGUAGGGAUAGCGUCAACGUCACAACCACUCAUAUCCUGACUUUUCACUGCCCUUUCGCAGGGACAAAGGGAGGGGGUUGAACGCUCUAAGGGGUCUAAGGGCUGGAAGCGAUGUAAACAGAGUUCAGUUUUCAGUUCGGCUCGAGAAUCCGUGAGAGGCGUAUGCGAGACAGCGCUCUGGCCGGUUCGUAGAAUACUCUCGAGCUUUGACAGUUCACAAGUUUGAAUACCAAGUUUUUUUGGGGUGUUAUGUGUGGUUUAUUUUGAAUUUUGUGGUGGUAUGGUAGUGUAAGGAGCAAAUAUGAGAAGCAAAAGUGUACCUGUGAAUAUUUUUAUAAGGAAAAUCAACACGAUUUUUGGGGAAGGUGGAGAGGAGGGAUCCCCUGACGAAGGCGAUAAGUUAGAUGGUGAAGACGAUUUGGAAUCCAUGACUCCAACUUCGGCUACUUCACCAGCACCAAACGAAGAUGGCGUUUCAUCACCACAACCUGGAGACGUUCUGAGUCCUAACAGCCCCAGAUCUCCAGUUGAGGACACAAAUCUUUGCAGGAACUCACCUUCACGCUGUAACUCUAGAGACUCUGAAUCUCCGGGACAACCUCGUUCUCCAUCUGGUGAAUCAAUGAUGUCCGAAAGAGCUGCCUUACUUCGUGGGAUACCAUUAGGUACUUCGUUAAGUCCAGUGGGUGUUACCCUACCUCCAACAAUACCUGCUGCAGCUGCGGCUGCUUUUUUACCACCUCAAUCAGCAGCAAUGGCGGCCUAUUUAAACGCAGUAGCUCAGCAAUCGCACAGGCUUAUGAUGACUUCUCCUCUUCCUUCAAAUUUUCAAAGGGGUCCUAUUUCUCCAUUAAUUACGUCUUCCUCUUCGCCUCCUGGCGGAUUAAAUCACUCUCCUAUUGAUCAGCCAAUGCAAUCACCAACUGGAGAAGGUAUCCUGGAUUUCAGUAAACGUGGACAAAAUAAAAGUGAUACUGGCGACAGCGAUUCUGAUGCUAACUUCGGCAAGCCCAACUCCCCUCCUCUUGGAGAAACUGGAGCACCUCUGGAUCUUUCAGUCAGUAGUCGCAAACGCACUUCCGAUGAACCUAUGACCCAACCUUUACCCAGAAAGGCUCGCACUGAAUAUAAAGAAUUUAAAGAAUUUAAACCAACCUUGCCACAAUGGCCUCCAAAUCUAGGCGCUUCUCACUACUUCGCUGCUGCAACUUUGGCUGCAGCAGGACUUUCACCUAAAAAUAAUUCUUCUGAUCUAUGGAACGGCAAAAUGAAGCACAUUAACCCAGUUCCCAGCGACGCAACCAAAGCUUUAGAAAAGAUGAGCGAAUUGAGUAAACUUGGCGGUGAAGAUUUAUUUAGAACCAUGGCUAAUGCCGCUCCAGUUAAUUCUGCUGGUAACAGACAUAGCGCGUGGCAAUCACAUUGGUUAAACAAAGGUGCCGAACAAGCCAAAGAUGUACUAAAAUGUGUCUGGUGCAAACAAAGCUUCCCCAGUUUAGCUGCAAUGACGACUCAUAUGAAAGAAGCCAAACAUUGUGGCGUUAACGUUCCCGUCCCCUCUAUGCAAUCAAGCAACCUCAUUCCACAACCUCCCAUUUCCUCCCCUUCAAAUACCAAUACUAGUUCCUCUUCCACGAAUUCAAACAAACCCAAUCCGUCAGAUUUGAAUAUGUUAAUCAAAGAAACGAUGCCAUUACCGAGGAAAUUGGUUAGAGGACAAGAUGUUUGGCUGGGUAAAGGCGCAGAGCAGACAAGGCAGAUACUUAAAUGCAUGUGGUGUGGACAAAGCUUCAGGUCUUUAGCUGAAAUGACGAGCCAUAUGCAGCAAACUCAACAUUAUACCAAUAUUAUUUCACAAGAACAAAUUAUUUCUUGGAGGUCUACAGACGAUCCUAAAGGUGGUGGUGGCGGCGCAGGGGGAGGUAAUGGACCAUCUGGACCCAAUCCACCACCAGGAGGAACCAGCAGCCACGUUAGUGCGGUUCUUACUUGUAAGGUUUGUGAUCAAGCUUUCAGCUCCCUGAAAGAAUUAAGUAACCAUAUGGUGAAGAAUUCCCACUACAAGGAACAUAUAAUGAGGUCAAUAACCGAAAGCGGAGGUAGGCGAAGACAAACCAGAGAGAAGCGAAAGAAAUCCUUACCAGUACGUAAACUUUUAGAGUUAGAAAGAGCACAACACGAGUUCAAAAACGGAGACAGUACUGGUAUUUUAGAUAAAAUGCGAGAUGCUACUGGAGCAGGUAGAAUCACUUGUGAAAAAUGUGGUAACAAAAUAGAAACGUCUCAGUUCGUAGAUCACAUCAGACAGUGCGUCGGCGGUAUGACUAGUAACCAAAGGAACUUUUUGAAAAAUGCUUUAAUGUCCAGUAAUAUUUUACCUCCAGAGAGUCCAAAUAGAGAAAAACUUAAAACCCCUUCAGAUAAGUCGCCGUCACCUCAACAACGAUCUCCCUCCGUAAACGACGGAAGUUCAAAAGAUACUUCAGCAACAUCAGAAACCAAUAACGUUUCUUCACCUUCAGUUCUAAAUGCCAUUGAGAAACUUAUAGAAAAAAGUUUCGAUUCGAGAUCAAGGCAGAGCGCUAACUAUCCGGGACAUGGUCCCACUCAAGCACCAAUGGGAAGUAGCAUCCUCAAAAGACUAGGAAUAGACGAGAGUGUAGACUAUACGAAACCUCUAGUGGACGCACAAACUAUGAAUUUAUUGCGUAAUUAUCAUCAACAACAACAAAACCAAAUGUAUGGAAGGCGGGAAAGAAGUGGCAGUGAAUCGAGUUCGAUGUCAGAAAGGGGCAGCAGUAGGGUCGAUUCGCUUACGCCAGAAAAAAGAAUGGAACCACCUGGGAUACCUAUAACCAGUACUCCAAGAUCUACUCCAGAUAUUAAAAGGGAGAGGUCGCCAUUCGUAGAGAAACUCAAUAGUGCCAACGAAACCGAUCCUGAUCAAGUCCUUGUAAAGAAAGAGGUCGAUGACGAGGAAAGGACAGGAAGUGAGCGGUUUCCUGAUAUUAAAGUUAAACAUGAAGUUAACGAACAUGAAGACGAUGAACGUAGUAGCUAUCAUAGUAACGGUGAUAUUUCUAAAGAGGAAGACGAUAAACGGAGAACUCCAGUUACCAGUCCUCGACAACCAAGCGACUCUGGACAACCGAACAGUCCUUGCAGAAAUUCAACCGGAAGCCCCGCGAGUAGUGAGAGGUCAGGAACCCCGAGAAGUACUAACGGGGAUAGAAAGCCACCGGGUGCUCUGGGUGCGCUAAGCUCAAUGUUCGAUAGCUUAUCCGGUUCCAAUACGGCUAAUGAGAAUAAUCAAACGGGCAACAAGCGAGGAUCUAGUCACCCGUUGGCAGCUUUGCAAAAACUUUGCGAUAAGACUGAAACUCACACAAAUAACAGGAGUCAUGCUUCAUCGACUGUGGUAAAUUCGACUGUAAAUACGAGUAGCGCGACGACAACGAGUGGUAGCACUCCGGGUGCUAUAUUGGCGUUCAGUUGGGCUUGCAACGAUGCCGUGAUGACUUCAGAUUCUAUAAUGAAGUGUGCGUUUUGCGAUACUCCGUUCAUCUCAAAAGGGGCGUACAGACAUCAUUUGUCCAAAAUGCAUUUCGUUAAGGACGGUGUGAUACCGGAUCCCGUGGCUUUAAAGUCAUCCCAACCUUCUAGUUCUUCCAGUGCUGGUAUACCUCUGAAAAGUACGACUGUGUUGCCGUCUACAGUAUCGAGCGGCGCUAGUUCUGCGGGGGCGAAGAGUCCGCCUGCCCCUGGAGGGUUCGAGGAGAGUCCUCAUUCGAAGUUUCUCAAGUACACGGAACUAGCCAAACAGUUAUCUAGUAAAUAUGUGUAAAUAGUGUUCAAUUUGAGAUACAUUCCUAUUUUGUAAAAUUGAAUAUAGUCUUGAAGGCAUAACGCCGCUCUGAGCGGCAUUUUGUGAUGUUAUCAUAUCGUAAAAUUCAAACCAAUAGUAAUAAAAAAAUGUAGAAGUUAGUACUACUACAAUGUAUAUUCAAUGCGAAAACUACAAGAAUCUCAAGUGAUUAUGAUUGUUAUACGAAUUUUAAGUCACAAAAGUAUGUAUAUAUAAUAAAAUUAUGAAAUAAGACAGUAUUGUAAGAAUGUAUACUUUUCUCUUUAUUAGGGAGAACCGGUGUCAGUCAGAUCAAAAACUAAAAAUCAAAUUAUUUAAUAUAUAUAGUGAUGUUUCUAGUGUCAAAAUUGUAAUACGUACUAAACUGGUUUUAGUUUUUGAUUUGGUUUCGAUUUUAAGAGUAUUCCAGUCCCUUAUAGACCAGUCAUCAAGGAAUUUUUACGAAAAUUGUCCAGGAAAGGCUAGAAAUGAACUUUUUUGUUCACUAUUUGACUCCCACUUUCUUUUAAUAAUAUUCUCGUAUAAUGUUACUGUAAGAAAAAUUUAUUUUUCUGGUAAUUUUUUAUUUAUUUGCUUUAUUUUCGUUAUAAAAAAUGUGCAAUAUUUAAAUUGUUUCUAUAGUUAUCUUACUAUGGAUAGUGCUAAAAAUAGUUUAUUUUUUAAAUCAGAACCUUGAAUUUAAGUUUGCUACCAAUAUAGCGUUAAACGAUUAUUUAUAAUUAAAGAUAAGAUUUGAAAUUAGCAGUUCUGAUUCAGAAAGAUAAAUAUUAAAUUAAAUAUAAACCAUAGACAAAUUCUAAACUAUUUAUAAAUUAAGAGGUAGAUAUGUAAUUAUUAUUAAUUUCUGAUGAGUUAUAAAUUAAAUAAAAAUAAUUCAAACCAGCAGAAUUUUAGAUAGACUGUUCCUAUUUUUUAAUCAUUAUUAUUGUUUAUUAUUUCAAAAUACCUCAUGUAAUAUUUAUUUGUCCCUGUCCGUGAAUUUGUUGGUAAAAGAGUUGUAUAUUUUCGCAUCGUAGGUAUUAAAAGUUUAACUCCCUCCUUAUGUAAAAAAAGCUUUCUCCGGUUUAAUACAGAAAUGGGAAUCAAUGAGAUUUUGAAUUUUUCUCCAUACUUCUUUAAAUUUAUCCUAUCUUUUGUUGAUUUAUUUAAUUUCUUUUUAAAUAACUGCUUUUUAUUUAAUUUUUUUCUAUUCUGUGGUUUACUCUGUAAGGUUUUCUUCACGUGUUGCAUUUCUUAUUUUGUUAUUUCCUAUAUUGUAUUUUGUUUUGUUUGGUUUGGUCACCGUCAUUGUCUAAGUUAUUUAAUUCCAGUACAUCAGCUACUGUUUGAUAAUUUGCGUAAUAUUCUGAGAAGAGCAAUGUAAUAUGGGUUCGGCUACCCUUUUUUUGGAAAGAUCAUUGUAGCAAAAUAUUGACAUUUCUCUGAUAUAGGCUCAAGAGAUCUUAUCUUUUAUAAAAGUCAUUAUUUUGCUUGAAUGCAUGAUCUUUACUAUUUGUUCUAGAUUAUUUCAUCGACUUUAUUUGGUGUUUCAUAUUCUUUCUAGGUCUGGAAGCUUUUAUCGUCAUUAUUUGCAUUUCCAUUGUGGUUUUUAUUUACGUUCUUUUUGGCCUUUCUAUUCUAGAUCUUCUUUCUAACUUUUUGCAUUUCUCCCAUUUUAUUCUUAUAUACCUCUUAAAUUACAUAAUUUGCAGUGUAUUUUUCCUGAUAGAUGCUUCACAAAGUCUCUUCUGCCAAUUUGUUAGCAUGGAUAAUAUCUCUCAAGUUAUCAAAUUCCUGUUUCUAUCCUAAUGCGUUUUUUCAAUUUUUGCGAAACGAUAGAAAGGUUUUUGCCUUUUUAGAACUUUCAAGGCACCUUUCAAACUAGUAAAUCUGCCUCUUUGUAUCUUUAAAUUCUGGUUAAAUAAUUUUUUGAUAUUCUUGCUAAUUUCUUUCUCUAAUAUCCAAUUUUAAAAGGUAUUAUUUAUACUUACAGACAUACAAUAUAAAAUUGAAAAAAAAAAAUAUGUGAAAAAACUUAUGUUUUUGAAUAAAAAAUAUUAAAUUCUAGCCUCUCUUCGAUAUUUUCUUCAUAAGACUCUAUCGAUUGGCCUAUAAUUAUUUAGAUAUAAAAAUCUAGUUGUUGGUUACUGUAACCACAAGUUUUUUCGAAAAGUACUAAAUUGUAG